AUGUUGAAUGAGGAGUUGAGAAAUGAUUUUGCUGAUGAAGAGGAUAAUGAAGAUUCUGAAGGUCCAACACAAACUCAAGACGACGAGUUUCAAGAUCCAUUGUUACUAAUGCAGAAAAAAGACGAAAAUGAAAAGUCUAGGAACCAUUCAAGAAGUCAUCACCAUCAUCAUCAUAGAUCCCAUAAAAGAGAAGGAGAAAAUAAAGAUAGAGAACACAGAGAAAGAGAAAAAAGAAGUGAGCAUAGGCAUAAAGGACACGAUGGCUCUAAACACAAUGAGAAUAGUCAUGAAAGAGACCACAGAUCGGAAAGAAAGCACAGAAGUGAUCAUGAAAGUUCUGAUAGAAGAGAAAAAAGACACAGAAGAGAGGAUGGUAAAAGUCGAGACAGCAAAGGAAGUAGAGCCCAAUCACCCCGUAAAGAAGAUAAAGACUACAAACCCCAAGAAGAGGAAGUUUAA